UUGGCAGACGACGUCGCACGGCUGCGCGGUUACAUGGGGCUGCAGCCGAUGCCCGUGUUUUAGGGUAAAGCAAAGAGUAAGGUUUUAUUAGUAACACACGCCAGAAAGGCGCGUUUAUUCCGCUCUAGAAAAAUCGACGACGACAAGCUUAUCACCGUGCUUGCUGUGUCUACUGUGAAAGUGCCUUCGCGACCGAGUGGAUUGAAGUGCUGUGCGGAUCGCGGUGUGGAUUUCGGCUAACGGAUUGCUGCGAAGUCGGCUUCUUCGCCACGCACAGAUCGCCCUCCGUCGUCUGCUACUGGCGGUCGUUGUUGUGGUUUCGGUUUUGGUCCUGUCAUCUGCUCCGGCAAAACAGCCAUUCGUCGGCGCUUGUGGGGUUUUUAAUUUUCGCCACCAAGGGAAGCGAUCGAAGUUGAGAUUCGGGAAUUGUGAGUCAGGCCUUCCGACUGCCAACCCAAAUUUGCCUCCGUCUGCGUGAGUUUCCUUCUCGGUGGAGAGAAAGGAGUCUUCAUCAUCCGUCGUCUUCGUCGUCCAUGGGAGCGGAGCAGCCCUAGGAAUUGUCGUCUGCUUUUCGAGAACGGAGUGCCGCAGUCAUCACGUCGCUGACUCGCCGCGUUAGGCCUAACAUCGCCCGACACGACACCGCCACUGCCACCGGGUGAUCGGAUGCGAAACGGCAGCGACACGAUGUCGAAACACCACGGGAACGCAUCGGACCCGCUGACAUCCACCGUGGCCGAGUAAAAGAGGGGCUUGGACCACUUCGUCCGUCCCUCUAUAUAGUCGUGACUGCGACAUCUCGCCCUCAAAGAACUGCGACCGGUACUCGUUGGAUUGACCGGUCCUUCGAGAAGAGCGCUCGCGGCGACUGCUCAGUGUCACCAGCGCCCUCUGCGCACCCACAGUGCGCACAGCGCCGCCUGGUGUCAUCUAAGUGGCUGACUACAGGACGCCGUGAAUGAGUUUUCCCUGAGCGUUCGGGCUACUCUGCAAAGACGCACUCCGCUACUACUCCAGCCAUGGGGAGGAAAAAAAUACAGAUAUCUAGGAUCACAGACGAGAGGAACCGGCAGGUGACGUUUACGAAGCGCAAGUUUGGCCUGAUGAAGAAGGCCUAUGAGCUGAGCGUGCUCUGUGACUGCGAGAUCGCCCUGAUCAUCUUCAACAGCACCAACAAGCUGUUCCAGUAUGCCAGCACCGACAUGGACAAAGUGCUUCUCAAGUACACCGAGUACAACGAGCCCCACGAGAGCCGCACCAACAGCGACAUCGUCGAGAAACUGCGCCACCAACGUCUGGAUGGCGGCAGUCAGGCCCUGAGCAAGAAGGAGCACAAGAACUCGACCAAUGGAUGCGAUAGCCCCGAGCCGGACCCGGACCAGUACUCACUGACGCCUCGGUCAGAAGCCAAGUACAGCAAGAUCAAUGAGGAGUUUGAGCUGAUGAUGCAGCGCAGCGCACAGCUCAAUGGCUCAAGGGGCCAGCCGUCCUUGAGUCAGGGCAUGAGCUCAAUGUCUGGCUACUCGUCGCAGGAGGGACUCAUGCAGCCGUCUCCGCAGAUGUCUCACCCCAGUGUCAGCCCACGGCCUAGUUCUUCAGGUGGGGCGCUCCUAGACAUGAACGGAGUGACUUCGAACGGCUACCACCGGCCGGCAUCUCCCUCCAGCCUGGCCGGCUGCAGCUCCCCGGUGACGAAAGGAGGUGCCAAGGGGGCGUCGCCCAGCAGGUCGAACCUCAGGGUGGUCAUCCCGGGCUCGCCUUCGCCCACGAGCCAGCUGGGCCUCUCGGUGCUGUUCCCGUUCCAGCACGACCCGUCGCACCUGUUCCUACAGCAGUCGAUGGUGCGGACGUCCAACGCCUCCCUCACGACCCCCGUGGUGUCGGUCACAGCACCCGGGAUGUCUGCCAUGGCCGCCUAUCCGUCCUCCCUGGCCGCUGGCUUCCCCCCGAACGACUUCCCCCUCAACCCUGAGCUGGGCCUGUCUGGCUUCAACUCGCCGGGGUUGAUGCACAGCUGGUCGACACAGGGGCCCCUGGCCACAGCAGUGCCUUCGGGGGCACUCCAGUCGCACUCCAGUGGCAGCCCAGGUGUCCUGGGCUCUCACCUGUCCCUAGGAAGCGCCACGCCCCCCCAGGCCUCCUCCCCGCUCCCCAUCCGGAUCAAGAGCGAGCCCAUCUCCCCGCCGCGGGGAGACUCCUCCCUCCACGGGGGCGGAGCCUCGUCGGGGGGCCGCCCACCGUCGGCCCACCUCUCGCCCCCCGGACAGCCCCCCCUGACUCCCUCGACGUCUUCCUCGCCGGACCCCUCGGGCGACUACGACGGCGCCAAGCGCCCCCGGCUCUCCGCCGACGGUUGGCCGACGUAAGGCCGGCCCCUGGCCGACGGAAGGCCGACCUCCAACUCGGCUGUGGUGCCCCGCCUCCCCGUUUUGUCAACCUCCCUUUCUCCGAGGAGAGAGAAAGAAAAAAUACGACACCGAGUGUGCCGCGCGUGCGUUUUCCGUGGGGGUCGUUCUCCUCUCCGUGCGUGUGUCAUUGCGUGUUUGUGUAUCUUGACUCUUUUUUUGUUUCCUUUCACCACCACCCGCUCCUGCAAACAGUUCUCCUCGUUUCCGACUCUCGUCGCCGUCUUCUCUCUCGCCAUCCGACGCCGGCGUACCUCGUCCAAAUGGUUGGGGCCGUCGCAACUUCGAUGCCGGCCACCCGCUUCGGCGAUUUGUUUCUUGCGCGGAGCGGCGACUGGCGCUGCCGUACUUUACACGGCAAGGGCACCCGUAAACUAUCGCGGGAAAGAGUCCGUAAAAAUGUGCCCGCGUUUUUCACGGAAAGGCUCCCGUAAGUGGAGUGCGUUCAUGUACAGUCAUAGCGCUUUGGUUUCCUCCCACUUUGCAUUCGCUUUUGCCCCCUUUCCCCUCAAGGAGAAAGGGGGGUGUUCGAAGAAAGGUCAGAGAGGUCACAGCUCCCGCGAUGAAUGCCACCUUUGGGACGUUGCAGAAACGUUUUCACCGUAGCGUCGCCGCGGCUGUAAAUAUGAUGAAGUAGAUGGCAGCACUCGUCCCCCUCACUUCGACUAAACGGCGAUAGUGGACGGCUGCACAACGCAGGCAGCGGCCUCGGGGAAAGAGGGUAGCGGAGGAAAGGACUUCGAAAGGAGUCGGCGAGGGCGUUUUCUUUGGUCUCCAGACGAGACGCAGCGGACAGGACGAAACAAAAGCGUCGACAACAAUCGUUGCGCAGCUUCCUGUGCGAUUUUCUUGCCCCUCUGCCUUCAGCUCGUCGGGCCCUUCCCGGACAUUUUUUUCUCGGGAGCAGAUACGUCGUCGAUUUCUGUCGAAACGACACGUGGCGAGAGGUGGACGUGGUUCCGAGCUGCCGCACGUAGAGACUCCGCCGGCGUUCAGUCGCGCCGAGGAGUGUAGUCUUAAAACACUCGAGACGGGGGGAAAAAAAAAAAGAAGCCGUGUAGAGCGAGACGCGUAGCGAGCACGUGUGUUAUCCCGCCUCCUCCCCCCCCCCCUCCCCGAAAACGUGGGAAAGCCUUCGCCACUACCAGCCAGCUGACCAAGACGGCGGGAAACAUUUGUAGGGAAGAGCGCAGCACGUCGUGAAUUUUCUGGCAUACCAAAGUUAGUUGUUGUUGUUGUUGUUGUUGUUGCAGGAAGAGCCACACCUCGUUCCUCUCCCGGACCCGGCCUCCCCCUCCCCCAGUUUCCGCACCCCCGACCGAUCGGGGGAGCUUUGUCGGAGGAAAUUGGGGAGGGGGUGGGGCGGGAGGGGAGGGGGGAGCCGCACCACGUGGCACAAACCCCAGCCGGCUUUCUAGGGCGCGCAGAGCAAAAGAGAAGCAGUUGAGACGACACGCCAUAUUUUUGGUAAUUCCGCUAGCCGUAAAGCACUUACACCGCGAGCCUUGUUCUCCUCUCUUACCUCCCGUUUCCUUCUUUCCCUUUCACGCCGCCCUCCUCCUCCCCCCUUCCCCCCCCCCCCCAUCCCCACUUUGCAAAAAAUGCACGUGUCGUGUGUGUUUUAAAAAAAAAACAAAGUGCAUGUGUUUCUAGUGAUUGUAGUGCUCGUGUGCCUUUUUGACCGCAGAUACACAACAUGCGGCGUCGAGAAAGAUACGAUACCAAGAGGAGAAGGGGAAAGGAGAAAAGAAAAAAGCGCAUAUUUCCCGCUGCGGCGUCGCCGCCAGCGCGCACCACUGGCGAUCAUGCGUCGAGGUCUCAGUACUAUUAUUAUUAUAAUUAUUAUUAUUAUUAUUAUUAUUAUUAUUAUUAUACACGCUGCAUAUAAAUAUAUAUACACAUAUAUAUAUUUCAUACUUGAAAGCACAUGCUCAUCCCUGUUUUUCUUCCUCGCCCCUCUUCCCUGCACGUCCUGAAAGAGCCGACAAUUUUUUUUACGAGUGUCCGGUUGACCUGUCGACGUUUUCGGACGACAGCCAGCGCCUCUCAGCUGAAGGCGGGAGAUGGCGUGAGAGAGGCCACUUGAAAUUCGUUUCAACAGGCUCGCAUUUGUCUUUUUCCCCCGCGCGUCGUCAUAGUCGUCUGUGUUUUCCGUUGCGUGUCUUCCUCUCGCGGAAUAUGGACUUUUGCGUUUCUCGCCGUUCCGGUUUUCGUUCUGCCCGCAAGCCCCUGCUGCUUGCCGACGAACGAAGAUGCAGAAACGUCAGUUGCCGCGUUUCUAUUGGGUCGCAGAGCGUUUCAUUCUUCUUCCGCCUUGCAUCUUUCACUCUGGACGUCGAAAUCGUUGGGAGAAAAGGACAAACGACGCAGGUUUCGUCGCAAUCUUGUCGACGACUUUUUGAUUGGCAUUCUUUCGACGACAGCCGACAAUGUUUCGCGGACGAUCGUGUCGGGGCACAGCUUUUAAAGAAAAGAAGCGCGAUACACACACAUGCAAAGAACACAUCCUCACUUCCACACGCCAUCAAGCGACGACGAUGCCUUAACGAGAGAGUUGAAAGAAAGAUGACAAUGUAGACACUGUACGAAAAGAGAAAAAAAAAGAAAAAAAAAAAAGAUCCCACAUUGUUUGUUGUAGUUGUUAAAGUCGAACUGUUCAGAGGAACCAAGCCACACCGUAGAGUUGUAGACAGUAGAUUUUUUUCCUUGGACUGUUGUUUGCUUUUCCCGCCUUACGAAACGUUGAAACAUCUAUGUUGCGGACAUCUGCGACGACCGAAGCGAAACAGCGGCACAUUUCUGCGAGGCCUACGAAAAAGACACUUCAAAACAAAUUCUCCUUCUUUAUUUUUGUUUAUAGGAUUAGAAAUUCGAAGGAAAAAAAGGCAAAAUAAGCCGUCGAAGUUACGGAGGGACUUUUUCCGCGACUCUUUUAUUUAUUAUGUCUUUUUAACAAAAAAAAAAGGCGUAGACUUUUUAUAGGAAUGCACACGGCGUCGAAGAGGCUGGCAUGAUUGUCGUGUUCACGAGUAAUUUCGUUUUUUGUCUGGCGAGCUUUUUUCCCCCUAUCUUGUCAUGGAAGAGUUUUUAAAGCGUGUUUGUUGCAAUCUGCCACCAGGGCAGGAAGUCUGGAACGCGCAGCAGUUUGUGUGAAUAUUUCCUUGCCCGAGUUUUGUAAUCUAUUGAGAUGAGUUUAAUAUAUUGCAGUGCAAGUUUUUUUUCCUCCUUUCUUUUGGUUGUCUAUAAUGUGUUUUCUAUUUUUUGUUUCCUUCCAACACCCAUUGUAAUUUUUUUUUUCCCCAUUCUUCUGAUAUUAUAUUUCGUCUUCUGUUGUUUCUUUUUUAGUGUAAAGAUACAUCCCUUCAUGCCCCUCGUUCCCCCUUCACAUAUAAUAUAUUACAUUUUUUAAGUGUGUAUAAUAAAUGCAAAAAAAUGACUCUAUGAAUGUUACGCAUAUUAUAUAUAUACAUAUGUUUAAAGCAACAAAAAGGGGGCGAAGAGACGCGCGAUAGCGUGGGGGGUUUUGCAAGGCCCCGCCUUCGCCGAAGAGGAAUUUUUGAACGUGCAAAACGCUGUGCCAUGCAGACAUAGAGGCGUUGCUGAAUUCGUUCUCGCAUAGCAGUAUUGAGAGUUUGUUUCCGCUUAAUAUUGUGCUUUUCUCUGUUUCAGUUUUUUGUGUGUGUGUGCCAAAGUUUCUUCAAUAUUUUUUUUUUUCUUUGCGAAAAGAAGGAUGCAUUGCGCAGAGACUUUGCUUUUCCCUUUUGACCUCUUUCAUCUCGUUCGUCGAAGGACUUUCGGUCGCCGAGAAAGCCGUUUUUGCACGGCGGAAGUUCACGGAAACGACUUUUUCCCUUUUAUUUCUUUCCCGCCCCCUUAGCUUUUUGCGAAUGAUGCUGGUCAUCACCUUACCGUCUGCCCUUUUAAAGUCGGAAGGUGCGCCGAACACGGGACAAACAUGUCGUAGUCCAAGAGCCCUUAAAAAGAAAAGAUCCGUGCAUGUGCAAUACGGUUGUACACUGUAGCAGAAUCAAAACCGAACCCUGGGAAGCCAGAAAAACUAUACAGGGCUGUUCUUCUUGCCAAUCAAAAGACCCCUCCAACGUGCAAUAGCUGCGUGCAUACUUCGGGGAAAAACGCUACUUACAAAUCUUUCGGCGAGAAACGUGAACUUGUAAUGUGCGCUUGUACUUGAAGGAGGCCGUGCUUCUUGGAAGACUGCGGGUUUGAUUGGUCGUACGACGAGCCUCUACGAUCGGCCCCAGCUUGAGUUUAAGAAACCGGGAACCGGAUUUCUGAAAUUAGUUUUCCACAACGGCCGAGGUUACAAGUGUUCUCUGCGAUGACGCGGCAGUCACUAUCACGCGCGUGGCUACGAAAGGAACGUUGCCGUCUUUUGGGGAGAGAAACUCAUGCCAGCCUCUUCCCCUCGAGAAUGUUUUUUGUGACACCUCGUUCUCUGUUUUUCUUUUUUUUUUUACCCCCUUCUUUCCCCACAGAGGCCAGAUCGCGCACACUGUGUUGGUUGUUACAUAGAUUGCUCUCAGUGUGUCUGUUUGACUGAUGGACAGACCAACACCCAACAAAAGAAGUAAGAAAGAGAAAAAAAGAUUACACUUCACACGAAGCAGAUCGUUGUGUACUAUUUUUAUCUGCCUGUGAAAAAAAAAAAAAAAAACGAGAAGAAAUAAAUGCGGUUCAUUCAUGGCA